GAGUGUACUUUGUUCGUUGGUUGAGGUUGAGUUGAUUGAGAGGGCAUUAUUUUUCGCCAGAUCGCAACUCGGGUUCGUCGCGUUUCGCUCUACGUUGGUGGUGAAAAUUGUAAAUUUAUCGUGAAAAACUGUGUUUUCCGUGGUCGAUUCGUGUGAAAAAGUGAUUGUCCGUGCGUGGAGCAAAGUUUUGUGGUGUUUUCCAAGCGGAAUUUAUUGGCUAAGUAGGAAAAUGCUGUGGUUGGCAAAAGCGAAACUGGAAAAUAGUGCAUAAUAAGUACACCUAACUAUCUAUCAGCAAACAUUUUUCUUGAUGCCGUGCAAAACCGUAAAAGUUAUCAGUGCGUGAAGAACAUUAAGGGGCAAAGGCAUCAGCAAACCAGCAGCGAACAAGUACCGGAGUUGUCAGCCGUGUUGUCUUUCUUCAAGUUUUUGUGUCUACUAACGUAAAGAGAGUAACCAGUGCGAGACGGCUCACUCGGUGUGGCAACAACGGAAAACCGAAAUGGUGUUACACAAUAUCAUCAGCAGCAUCCUUUUCGGGGGUCUGGAGAUUACAAAAUACCUGGGACUGAACACCGUAGUACUAAAGAACAUGGAAGGCUCAGGCGAUGGAUCACCUCAAUCAUCUAUGUGCAUGGUGAAGGCGGCUGAGCUUUUCCCCAAACCAGUACUCGAAAAAGAGGAGGAAAAGCUCACCGUCCGAUUCAACGAAUUACCCGGCGAAUCCGUCAAAUAUCUCGGUCAAACGGAUGACGGCAUUCUAGCACUGUCCAACUAUCGUUUGUUCCUGCUGAAGAACACUACCGGGGCAGAAACGUCCGUACCUCUAGGAUUGAUCGAGUCUACGCAGAUCCGUGAUCUGUUUCACCUGACAGCCAACUGCAAAGACGCUAGUACAGUAAAAUGCUCAUUUUCAACGUCGGAACAAUGCUCCGAGUGGCAGCGACGGAUAUCCUUAUCGAUUGGCGUUCCGGAGACGCUCGAAUCACUGUUUGCCUUUCCAUUCCACGCGUGGGCUUCGGAGCUGCCAACGCUCAACCAGGAUAACGAAUGGUACGGUCGGCUACAGCGGGUCGGUAAUUACGACGACGACUUCCGGAAAGAAGUAGAACGCCUACAGUUUGACCUGCAGGGAGCUUGGCGAAUAAGUCAUGCUAAUGCAGAAUUCAAACUGUGUCCUUCGUACCCAAGACUGCUGCUCGUUCCAGCCUGUAUAUCAGACGAUACCCUACAGAAUGUCGCGAGCUUUCGAAGUUCCAGACGAAUUCCUGCGGUAGUGUGGAGGCAUGAGCGCACUGGGGCCGUUAUCGCCCGCUGCAGUCAGCCGGAAGUCGGUUGGCUUGGCUGGAGAAACUCCAAGGAUGAACAACUGCUGAAAGCUCUCUCAGACGCGUGUGCAUUUGACCGUGGAACACAAGACUCCAGAACUCGUCUCAACUCAACAGCGUCUAGCGAAAGCAGCCCUCCGAGCCCGGAAGGCAGUCACGAGGAAGUAGAGAUGGAGGAACCCAAGAAGAUUUUGAUCGUUGAUGCGCGAUCGUACGCUUCGGCAGUAACGAAUCGCGCACGUGGUGGUGGCUGCGAAUGUCCCGAGUACUACCCAAGUGCUGAGAUCCAGUUCAUGAGUCUUGGCAAUAUUCAUGUGAUUAGGAAAAGUUUCCAUACGCUGCGACAGCUUUGUGCGUCGCAGCCGGAUAUACCAAAUUGGUUGAGUUUACUGGAGCGCACCGCGUGGCUACAGCACAUGUCCGGGCUUCUGGCUGCGUCAAUGGUCGUAUGCCACGCGAUUGAACGUAACGGGCGGCCAGUAUUGGUGCACUGCUCCGACGGUUGGGAUCGUACACCUCAAAUCGUAGCCACAGCUCAACUUUGUCUUGAUCCGUACUAUCGCACGAUCGAAGGCUUCCGGGUAUUGGUCGAACGGGAAUGGCUCAGUUUUGGGCAUAAGUUCUCUGAUCGGCUUGGACAUGGUCCCGGAUCCGACGAAACUAACGAACGUUGUCCGGUGUUUCUACAAUGGCUAGACUGUGUCCACCAAAUCCAUCGACAGUUCCCGUGUAGUUUUGAAUUCGAUAUGGGUUACCUGAUUAAAUUGGCACAACACUCACAUUCUUGCCUGUUUGGUACGUUCCUAUGCAACACUGUAAAGGAACGCCUGGAGAAUACCGUACCGGAUCGUACUUUUUCGGUGUGGCCUUUCCUUUCGGGACCGAUGUACAAGAAUCACCUAUACGUGCCGAAUCGGGAACGGGUUUUGUGGCCUGCACAUAGUGUAAGAGAUUUGAGACUGUGGACUGAAGUUUAUUUGGGAAGUUGGGGUGGCAAUCAAGGAUCGGCCGAUUAUCCGGCCAACGGCGAUACGUUGGCAGGCCAAGAACUGAACGGUUCAAUGACAAAAACUCGCUCAUACGGAGAUUUAAUGACUGGAGUGAACGCUGGUGGCUUGACCAGAAGGUCAAGUGAUCCAAACAUGACUGUCGAUUCCAGUAUUCUCGCUGGAUCUCUAAGCCUCUCUCAGGAGAACUCGAUCGAUUCCAAUAUGUCAUCAGAUCGGGAAGUGUCGCCCGAUUUGAUCGAUCAUAAUACCAGCUCACUGGCCAUGAUCCAGCACACCACUCAAAAGCUACAAAGUCUUACUCAGGAGCUUAACCAGUCCGACGAGGAGCUGGAGAACAACAUCAAAAACACGAAGCGGGGGCCGACUCCGAUGGCGACGGCCACCGAUAGCAGCACUACUGUGUCUAGUCUUUUUAUUAAUGGAAAUAGUGAUAGUUAUAACUUCAAACCAAUUGUUCCUGAACAGCCGACCGUGGCCAUAGCUCCUCAGUCGAGUACACCGCCGCCCCAGCACAGGCACCUGAUGAACGACAUUGACGAAAAUACAUCGAGGAUCGUCAAAAUCGAGAGCUACCUGGAGGCGACGGAUGUGGUCGACGGGCAACGAGUAGGGCUGCGGAUCGCAAAGCCCAUUCCUGCCACCGAUGUGAACGGGUUGGGUUCGGCCGACAUGAUGGAGAGUGUAGACUUGAGCGGAAAAUCCCCUUCACCGCCCCCACCCACGGUGGUGCCGAUUUCGCCUCAGCAUGCUACUGCUGGAGGUAAUCUCUGGCACGGUUCGGUCGAAACUAGCACCGAUACGUUGGUUCCGCUGGAUCAGUACUCUUCCCCGAAAAGGAUUAUCCAGCUAAGCGAGAGCAGCGGUGAAGACGAUGGCCCCUCGCGUAUCGUCAAGGAUGUAAAAGAGGACGACGGCGACGAUGAGGACGAGGAAGACGGUGGUUACAAUCGGGAAAAUAGUAUUAGUUUAGAUCUAGCAAGUAACGGUAGACAUGACGAGAUCCACGAAGACUUGGCAGCCGGCAGAAGCGGCUUUGCUACUAGUACUACUUUGAAUACUACUCAGACUGGUGAUAGCAACGGAUGUGAUUUAUUUAGUGAUAGUAUGGAUAAAGAUAGGAAGAAAUACAAUCAAGGAAGUGAAAUUAAUCAAACCCCUAUACCAAAAGAUCAAACCGACAGUGGUCGGGUGCGAAACGUAGUAGCUGAUUUGCAUCGAGUACCGGCCCAGUCGGUAUCCCUAGUGAAUGGUUCCGUUGCAAAUUACAGCAAACUACGUAGUUCUAAUCCCAUGGACGAAAGCAUCAUCAUGCAGCCACAGUUCCAGCAUUUGGAAAUCAAUGGCAAAUCAUCGACUAGUGAAAACAGCAUUCAGCACCAAUCACAAAUUAGCCAUCAACAUCAGUCACAACAGCAGCACACAUCUUCUCACUAUCAACCGCAAAACCAGCGACGAAGACGCAACUCAUCAAACUCGAAAAACGACAUGAGCCCCAACAAGCCUACCAAUGGAAGUAUAUCCCCAAGUGCCACAAACUCUCGCUUUUCGACGCCGGGUGCCCGCUCACUGCCACUAACCCCACCGAGCGUGCCAUUCUCGAUCCAAACUCCACCGGCAGCCGCACUGUCCUGCCCGGACGGUCUUGCCCAUGCUCUGUCGGAGCAGAACCUACGGCUGCAGCAGAUCGUCUAUGAGAAUAGACUGCGAGAGGAAGCCCUGCAACGUGAGCUUUAUGCCACUCGAUUAGCUCUACUGGAGAAAACCUGCCACCAUUGCAGCAACCAACAAUACGGUAAUGAUGAUCCGGUUAACGACAACUGCACUUCUUGUUACAAUGUUCGGAUUGAUCCGAAUGUGAUCACCCAAAUGGUGGAAUAUUCCAUCGACGAAGAAAAAGUCAACAAAGUUGGGAUUUCAGAGCUGGACGAUGCUUACGAUAGUUAUAGUAAUACCGAACCGAAUUUAACGAUAACGAUGCUAAUGAUGACCUCGGCGACGGAAGACAGAGAUCUCUUACACUUCGACUAUCAGAACGACGAGAUAGACCUAGUCGACAGGGGUGAGAAAGGUAUGCGUCAGUACUGGAAACGGUAUCGCGAACAGUCAAGCCAUACCCAAAGAAUCUCUACGACCAUUCGGAGGGUACUCGAACGAGUCCGUUUCAAACGUAAUCGUGGUGACGGUUUUGACGAAUCGGAAUCGUUGGCAUCCUUGGUCGAUUCGAUGAAUGAAAAUGCAUCCAACUGUUCGUGGGAAGCGGUCGAUGAGCGCAGUGCACCAUCGUCGGGAGCGAAUUCGUCACAGCAAAUUACCGGCAGCGUCCUGUGGGUUCCAGACCAUGCAGUAUCACGGUGCACGACUUGCCAGACAGAGUUUUGGCUCGGUCGACGGAAACACCAUUGUCGCUCAUGUGGACAAAUUUUCUGCGCUGACUGUUCCGAGUACUGGGCACCGCUUUCCGACGGGAAAACGGUUCGGUUGUGCGAACCGUGCUACCAGACCGUGUGCGGCAAGAUGACUAAUAGCCAUCAACCGUCAACGAGCGGUAGCGUUAUUGUAAAUAAUACCACCACCAACAACUAUAAUAGCAAUAGCAUGAAUGGAAGUGUCCUAGUAGCUACCAAACAGCACAAUGCAUCAUCUUCAUCAUGUGUAAAUCAGCUAUCGAGCAGCAGCAACCAUGCGACACAUGUAUUGAUGACAACUGUUAGCACUGCACCGGUCAGUGGUGUGCCCAAAAACUUAGAACAUUGCAAACACAUUGUCACUGCGGUCACCAGCACUUCAUGCGGUGUCAGCGCCAACAGUGGGUCCGAUCGCGAAGCUUGUAAAGCCACUACUGCUACAAACUAAUUGCGCAUCUUAACUAAAAAAAAACCCUUUUUGUGUUUCGCAUCGCAUCUAAGUCCCCAUGGUUUCUUUAAGCUUCAGUCUCUUUUAUUUAUAUUCUCUACUGUAGUUUAUUUUUUUAACAUGCCUUUCCACAAUGUAUAAUGAAUAUCUUUAUUUUAUUUAUUAUUUUACCCUUACACUGGAGAUCAAAAAUGUUGAUAUAUGUUCCACAGAGCGAGGAAUAAGGUAAACCAUAUUGAAAAGUUGAAUGUUCUUUAAGAGAUGAAGCUUUUUCGAACAGAUGAGUAAAAUAUAUAUAAAUGCAACAUAUAAUGUUACAAAAUGGUAAAUAAAUUGAUAUAAAUAUAACUCAACAAAAUCAAUGAAAAAACAAGCCGUAUAUAACAAAAUACAUAAAUGAAGAAAUAUAGCAAGCAAAAUAUUAAUAAAAAGUCUGUGAAGAUCAUGAUCCGUA